ACAUCGAUCGUUACUUAUACUUAAUUCUGAGUAUCAUCACAACAACAACUGAUAGCAUGGCGCCUCUGAAAGGUAAGGUUGAGACUGAAAUAGAAAUUAAGGCACCGGCUGAGAAGUUCUACAACAUCUUCAAGAGCCGGGCACACCACGUCCCAAACAUUUCUCCUGGCAGCAUUCAAGGAGUUCAGGUGCAUGAAGGAGACUGGAAAACACAUGGCUCCAUUAAGAGUUGGAAUUACUCAGUAGGGGAUGAAGUCGGGGUAUUCAAGGAAAAGGUGGAGUACAACGAUGAGAACAAGUCCAUAACUCUGAAUGGGGUGGAAGGAGAUGUCUUCAAGUAUUUCAAAAGCUUUAAGCCUGUCUAUCAAUUCACUCAAAAGGAUGAAGGUAGCAUUGCGACCUUGUCGAUUGCAUAUGAGAAAAUAUGCCAUUAUUUUCAAAUAAUAUAA